CUCCUCUCGGUAUCGCUGGAAAUCCGGCAAUCUGAACCCGUUCUCGCGCCACAUCACACAUUACACCCUCGCAGUGCGACAAGACAUUCUCGCCGGGCCCACUGAUCGAGGUUCAGCAGCGACGGCGUUGUGUUUUUGGAGUGAGUCGACAACAAGUACAAGGCUGGGCAUCUACUGCGCUGUAGACUGGCAGGAAGCUUUAUGUCAACGAAGCGCGCCGGGGGUUCAUCCGUGGUCAGUCAAAGACCGCGGAAGUCGAGGAAGAAGCAGUGCGAGGAAGGGUUAGCCUGUCCCUUUCAGCACGAAUACCAGCAUCAGUUGGAGUUUGCCCAUGACGGAAGUAGCUCCACCACGCCAAACUCAUCUGCAGGAAGAAGGGGGCAAACACUAGGGGGCGGAGGGGGGGGCACAGGCGGUCGCGGCACUGCGGGAAGAGCAGUCAGCUCGCUCAAUGGCACUGGGGCUCGUGGUCGCAAGGUGGCUGUUGCUGCGGACAGGCGACGGGCCGAGCGCACCCUUCGGCAAGGGACUGACCAGAACCUGCUGGAAGCUCAUGGUGGCGACGCGAGGGAAGCGCAGAGAACUCGUUGGAUCAUGCGCAUGCAGCAGGAUAUGCAGCAGGAUAUGGAGCAGGCACCGGCACGACGACAACGACAACGACAACAGUCCCAGGAUGCGGCUACCGGCGGUGGAGGCGGUGCGCGAACGCACGGCGGAGGGGAUCAGUCGCGGGCGAGAGGCCACGGCCCAUGUCGUACAACGCCAUUGGACGUAGCACAACCUUUGCCUCCACCGCCCCGUGCCACCCGCGCAUCGUCACCCUCUUCGACUUCGAUGCCUCUUCGCGACCUCGUCAAGGUCGGCGGUGGUAUCAACCAGCGUGAGAGUGCGCCGGCGGGCGCGGGGGGAGUGAUAGGCACUCACGGUAGGCGAGGGCUACGUCAAAACAAUCACCGAGAGGUCAUCUGCCUGGACUGCGUUUCUGAUUAGUGAGAGGAUAGACAGGCUGUUUCAUGUUCGGCAGUCGAUCACGACCAUGAUGGAGAAGGCAAGAUGCUGGGAAUGAAAGAACAAAUGAACACAUGGAACAUGGAAGGGGGCACUCAAGUGUUCAUUUCAUUAUUUCAUUCGUAGCAGCCUCGCAAGGAACCUGCUUCCCCGGAAUGGGUUGACAUGAAAUGUUGCCAAGUUGCUGCCGCAUAUGCAAACCAAAGUUCCACGCGGCGUUGUGCUUCGUGCAGACUUGGAGGGGUGCUUGGAUCCAAGGAGACCCCUUGGCGCUAGCGUGUGCUUCGAGCUGGUCUGACAUUGGAAAUUUCUGGGGGCGAUGUACAUUAUGGUUUGGGGACACUGAUGUGCAUGUCCCCUUGUAUACAAUACGACAGCGGCACGCGCUGAACUCGUGUCGAGGGUGCAGCGCAGCAGCGUUGUUUUCAUGUACAUACUUGCACGCGUAGGUUUCAUGUAGUUUGCUCAGAGCGGAAUCCGGGGAGGUGUUUCAUGUAGUUUGCUCAGAAAGGAAUCCGGCGGGGAGUGUUUUGAAUAUGCAACAUGGCGCGUCGAGCACAUGUGGGACGGUUUGAAACUUCGUUUUGGUCACAAGACACCAGAGUAACUGAUGCAUCGUAUAUAUUGCGUGUCUUCCCUGGGUUGUGAUCGAUGUCAUGGUUCGCCGGUUGUGUGUGUACCGCUCUGUUGGUCUGUUGGACGGAGUAAGUGACCGCUACACCGCUAAGUCAACAUGUGAACCAAAGCGCAUCGAUUCCAUUCCUCGUAUCCCUUUGGGCUAUUGCCCCUUGGGGGAGCGAAGCAGUUUGCGUGGCGGUUCCUGAACUUGUUGCGGAUAUCGGCUCUCGUGAUUGCUCAAACCUCCCGCUGGGGGCAACCACAAGGUUGCUCCUACUUGGAUGGCAUUCUUUUCGGGGGGGGGAGGGAGGAGGGCACGAACUCGAGGGCGUUCGCGCUACAAUGGCUCGUCUGUCUGAGCGUUCGCACAAGACAUGGAGGCUUACCUGGCACGGGCAGCGUCAAUCAGUUCGUGUUGUGAAAGGCCGAAUCGUGUGAUUUGCAACAGCGAAGUGUUGGCUGAAGUUGGUCACGAGGUUGGAGGCCCGUGGUGGUCUUCGGCCAUACACUUCGCCACAGCAUUAGUGUAGAAGGAUUUAUCCUUGAGGUGGAAGCAAAGCAAAGCAGAGCAUGUCGGCGUGCGGCGUGUGUUUUGUUGGGCAUUCGUUCUGCCAUCGACGCACGAGGUUAGGAGGGGUUGGUGUGCUGAACGUGCUUUAUCUCCACGGUGACAUAUUAGAAAAAGUGCAGCUCACCGAACCCAGUUUAGCUA